AUGAUGCAAAGCCCAACAAGAAACGCUCCCCCCGUUGAUAUGAGGUCAUUCCCGUUUGCCUUUCGGCCUAGUGUGGAGAUUCCUCAGUUUUCUGUGGGAUAUCGAUGGUGGGAAGAUGAGGCAAUCAAUAUGCUAUGGGCUUAUGAUUUCAAAGAUAUCAGUCAAGCGAUCAGAUUGGGGUUAUUCCACGACGAAGAUUCUCCGCGAAGCUCACUGCGGAGUCGUAAUACGCAGUUCAUCAGUUCGUUCCUCGUUGCGGCGUCAGAGCCGCACCAGCAUUGCCGCCUAUCUGAGCUGUCACAUCCACAGAAAGUGGAAGAGAUCCUGCUUCGAUCGAGUAUCCAGCAACUUCCACUGAUUACAUGGAGCUGGUUUCCUACAAUACCAGGACGUUCAUCGGACCCUGGAGCAAUCGCUCUAGAAAUUGAGGGAGAGAGCCAUCGUCAUUUCCAGCAGAUCGCCUUUGAGGAUAUCGUACGCUCCGCUCUUGGACACAAAGCCGUGUCCGUAGAGUGGUUCUUUCAGCAACACACAUCAUUAUACGGUCUUCUUGUGGAUUAUCUACACAUGUACCCGGAGGAACUUCUGCUUUAUUUAGAAGUAGAGGAGCAUCUUCGGGAUCGAAGUCCCUUUGCCCAUCAAGCCCUUUCCCGGUGCAUCAUGGUCAUCCAGCCAGACGGCAAGCACAAUAUGCCUUCACAUAAUACUCCAGGACUUUUAUUCAUCGCGGCCCCAAUCCAGCAACUUUUCAAAAACCAUUCCUCCAGCCUAUCAACUAUAUUCAAGGUUCUUAGUGUCCUUAGUGUACGCUUCCAGAAAGCAUACAGACACUCCGACCAGAUGAAUUGGUUCGCACCCUUCGAAACUUCUCUUCCUUUGUUGGAAGACUGCCUUUCUUCAUCAGCGACCGAUUUGGCAAAAGCCUUGACACAGGCCGAUAAAUGUUUAUUUGAGAGACUGUCGCGAGAGACACUUAUAUUGGAAGAUGCUAUGGUUUCGGAAACCCUCAUCCAUUGGCAAAGGCUAAGCAAUUCUGUGUUGGAAUGCUGCUCUGGACUGUCGGACCUAGUCCCGUACCUUCAGACCUGCACAUUGGAGCUUUAUGAAGCACGGAACUAUUAUUCUCUAAUGGCUAUACUAGACGGCCUUCGCAAAUAUAUUGCGGUCGGAUCUAAUACAUUCCGUGAUUUCGCCGCCAGUCGUACCGUUAUUCCUGCCUCUUUGAUACCACCCGAAAUCCUGCCUCUCAUAGACCCGAGCCACGAUUUCGUUUCAUACCGCCAGCACUUCGAUCAGCAUCCUGGGAUUCCGUUCCUCCAGCCCCAUAUUCGCGAGUUCAAACAGCGCGGCGAGUCGGUGCAACAGCCGCUACUUCGGCUGUUCCAAACUAUAACCAGCUCUCAGCGUGAGGACAAUGACCAGGUGUUCACAUAA